AUGGCUCGUUCGCUUCUGAGCUUUCCACCAGAGGUCCUCCUCAAUAUACUCACCUUCCUUCCCAUUCAAGGCUUGCUCAAAUUCUCUCAAACAUGUCAUUACUCUCAUGGCCUUGCAAAUUCAAGUCUACACACCCUCUCUCUGGGCAUCUAUCCAACCCGAUCGAAUCCUCUAAGCAAAAACGACCCGUACAAUGUCUCGAUUAUCAUUCCCGAUGCCCAGACAUUCGAUUUUAUGACCCUCCUCGCUUUCCAUGCGGCACUUACGAAGAGCAUCAUAAUCCGCCAUGGCGGCACCUUAAGAAACCUAAACCUGUCAUUAUGGACCCUCAACACCCCUCUCGCAAAGGCGCUGGCAAGCCUACCAGCACUCCGAGCCCUAUCUAUCCGCAUUGAAGAUUUUCCCCAUGUUCGAACUGUGCCGCAGGCCCGGGUUGCCUCACAACGUAUUGAGCAGUGUAAGGCGUGGGAUCUGCUCGCAGCAAGCGCCGUUUGGGCAUCCCGGAUAAAUGCCUUGCGGAUCGAGGGCGGCGAGCUGAGUACGAAACAGCUUGUGGCCUUGCUGAGCCAGAACCGUUGGUGUCGCGAGCUCUGGCUCUGCAAAUGCAACAUGAUUGGCAAGGACUUGUGGACAUUUCUUGGAAGCGAGUGGGAGGGCCGCACCGCCUUACAGAUCCUCGGCAUUUUGAGAUGCGGUGGUCAGCUCGAUGAGGAAGUGUUGGAUGUCAUUGAUAUCCUAGAUGGUCUGCGGUUCUUGAUUCUGCAAGGCUGUCAUGGAUUAGGCAACGAUGUAGUCGAACAGCGAAACAGGGAUGUUUGGCGAAUCCCAGAGUGCAUACCGCCGCAUCCGCAACUUGAUCGCGAUAAUGUUUCUACAAUCAUCGAAGUGGAUCCAACAUAUAUGAACGAUGAAUACUAA